AUGCGGUUCACCGACCGAGCUUCUCUCCUCUCAUCGAUUGUGCUCACCAUACCUUCUUUAACUGCGGCCUUCUACUUGCCAGGUGUCGCACCGACCUCCUACAACGAAGGACAAGCAGUUCCGCUUUACGUGAACCACCUCACCCCCGGCCUUUCCCGCGACGAUCAGCUUCAUUCAGUUUUCUCCUAUGACUAUUACCACCCGGCAUUUGGGUUCUGUCGACCCCCAGAUGGGCCUAAAGACGUGAGGGAAUCCCUGGGGAGCAUUCUCUUCGGUGAUCGCAUUCGCACGUCCCCAUUCGAGCUUCACAUGGCAAAGAAUGAGACUUGCAAAUCGAUAUGUGGAGAAGCCAAAUUCGAUGCUCGCAGCGCAAAGUUUACCAAUCGGCGGAUAGCUCAGGGCUACAACAUCAAUUGGCUAGUGGAUGGCCUGCCGGCUGCGCAGUUGAACUAUGACAGUGUCACCAAGACCAACUUCUAUAAUCCUGGAUUUUCUCUGGGCGAUCUCGACGAGAAUGGACAGGCUCUACUCAACAAUCACUACGAUAUCGUGAUUGACUACCACAAGGUGGGGUUCGGCGGCAAGGACAAAUAUCGUGUCGUUGGAGUGCUUGUGCAGCCUGCAUCUCGCAAGGACUCGAGGAAUCUCGAAGGUGGGUCCGCCGAGUGUGGCACCCAGGGCAAUACUCUUACCCUCAACGAGGACGGGGAGACUACAGUUACCUGGACGUAUAGUGUCAUCUGGAAGGAGUCUCCUACUGCCUGGGCCACUCGGUGGGAUAAAUAUCUUCAUGUUUAUGACCCGAAAAUCCACUGGUUCUCUCUCAUCAACUCCGCGGUUUUUGUGGUCUUCCUCGUUGGCAUGGUCAGCAUGAUCCUUCUUCGCGCACUCAAGAAAGAUAUUGCUCGCUACAACCGGCUAGAUUCAUUCAAUCUGGAGGAUUUGGAUAGCACUUCGGCCGCGAUCGAGGAUGGAGUCCAAGAGGAUUCUGGCUGGAAGUUGGUCCAUGGCGAUGUCUUCCGCUGCCCGAAAUAUCCACUACUCUUAAGUGUGAUGGCAGGCAACGGCGCCCAGCUGUUCAUGAUGACCGGCGUGACCGUCGCAUUCGCUCUACUUGGUCUCCUCUCUCCUUCCAAUCGUGGAUUCUUGGCUACUGCGAUUCUUCUCAUUUCCGCCCUCUUCGGGGGUAUCGGCGGCUACGUGUCAGCUCGAGUGUACAAGUCAUUCGGUGGCGAUGCUUGGAGACGCAACAUCAUCAUGACUCCUCUCUUCGUCCCCGGCAUUAUCUUCGGUACUUUCUUCAUACUGAAUCUCUUUGUUUGGGCCAAGGGAUCCAGCGGUGCGGUGCCAUUUGGGACCAUGUUGGCACUGGUUUUGAUCUGGUUUGUUAUCAGUGUGCCAUUGAGCGUGGCUGGUAGCUGGCUGGGAUUCAAGCAAUCGCCGCUGGAGGGUCCUACCAAGACCAACCAGAUUCCCCGCCAAGUUCCUCCGAUGUCUGGUAGUCUGCGUCCGAUUCCAUCCAUUCUGCUGACUGGACUGCUCCCCUUCGGUGCCAUUUUCGUCGAGUUGUUCUUCAUCAUGAACUCACUCUGGACCAAUAAGAUCUACUAUAUGUUUGGAUUCCUGUUCCUCUGCUACGGACUGAUGAUUAUCACCUCAGCCGCUACGACCAUCCUAUUGGUGUAUUUCUUGCUUUGUGCGGAGAAUUACCGGUGGCAUUGGCGCGCAUUUGCCGGUGCUGGUAUGACCGGAGGAUACGUCUUUGUGAAUGCGCUCCUCUUCUGGGCGACUCGAGUCAGCUUUGGUGGAUUGACCGGGGCAGUGCUCUACGUGGGCUAUUCGGCGUUGAUUGCCUUUAUCGUGUUUGUUCUGACUGGGUCCAUUGGGUUCUUUGCCAGUUGGGCUUUCAUCCACCGCAUCUAUGGCUCAAUCAAGGUGGACUAA